AUGCAUCCAGUCGCCAUCAUUGGUGGAGGCCCUGUCGGUCUCAUAAUGUCAAUUGCCCUCUCGAAAAAUAACAUACCCCACAUUCUAUUCGAAAAGCACGAGUCGACAUCGAUUCACCCCAAAGCCCUCGGUCUAAACCAGCGGACGGUCGAAUACCUGCGCUCUCUGGGUCUUGAAGAGGAGAUUCGAAAAGCGGCUGCUCCACCUGAGUCAGUUUCGCAGACAGCAUGGUAUACCAGUCUUGGCCCGGAGGGAAAGGAGAUUCUGUCGCGCGAUGCGUGGGGAGGGGGUCAAUAUGCAGAGGAAUAUGCUCGUGCGAGUCCGUGUCGGUACACGAUGUUACCUCAGAUUCGGCUAGAGCCGAUCCUCCAUCGACAAGCCAAGCUGCUGAAUCCAUCCGGGAUCGUGAAUAAUGCAAGAGUGGUCAGAGUGGAAGAGAAACCAGAUUAUGUCGUUUUAUAUGUUGAACGUGACAACGACCCAGGUGUUCUCAGAACGUAUCAAGCACGGUAUGUCGUGGCCGCUGAUGGGGGACGUAUGGUUGCCGAUGCUCUGGGGAUCAAGGCUCAUGGUGAUCGGGAUUUCGUCGACAUGGUCUCAGCUUAUAUCCAAGCGCCGAUCAGCGAGCAUCAUCCUAACCCGCAUGCACUCAUCACCUGGUUCGUCGAUCCGAAAAUGGGAGGAAGCAUAAACACCGGCUUUCUAUACCAUCUCGGACCAUACCAGACAGAGGAGGCAGAGGAGUGGAUGUUCGCAUGUGCUUUAUCACCCAGCGAAUCUCGGAAAUUUGACGAGAAAGCCAUGAUCGAACGUCUUCAUCGGACGCUGAAAAUCCCUGGUCUGAAAGUAGAGAUCAAAAGUAUCAGUCACUGGCAAGUGACCGCUAUCGUUGCAGAACGAUUUCGAAGCCAAGGUGGCCGGAUAUUCCUCGUCGGAGACGCAGCCCAUCGCAUUCCGCCCUGGGGCGCUCUAGGCUUGAACACUGGUAUACAAGACGUGCAGAAUCUAGUCUGGAAACUUUUGACCAACCUUCGCUCUCACGGUUUAGCCAUGGACCGGGCUCUGGGAAUACUACCCGAUGCUCGCCCAGAAGACAACGAUAAAUCGUUAAAAGCAUUUCUCGACAAGACCAACCCCCAGGGCGACCAUCUGCGAGAUGCAGUCGUCAAAGCACAGGCUGUUCUCGACAGCGAGUUCCACGCCCCGGGAGCAGAAGUCGGCUGGUUCUAUCCCAGUUUAGAUGUGAAAGAUGAAGGAGCAGAGAGCCGUCAUGGAGGACAGUUGAAAGAAAACGGAGCGUUCGACGUGGUCAAUUACCAUCCCUCGGCCAUCCCAGGCCAUCAUCUCCCCCAUGUCUGGCUCAGGCAAUGGAGCGAGGCAUUUUCAACGCGAGAUCUGCUGAUGAGAGAGCGGUUUCUCUUACUCGCUGCUGCAAAUGAGACAUGGGCCACGGUAGAAAGCAGUUUGGUGAGCGUUGCAAUCGUAAGGACAAUGGUCAAUCUUUGGGACGAUGCAAUUAUCGAGGAGUGGAAGAAGUUGAACGGAGUGGGAGAAGACGGCGCCGUGUUGGUGCGGCCGGAUGGCAUCGUUUUAUAUCGAUUCCAGGAUUUUCAGCCCAUCACGACCGAGUUUAUCACUGAUUUAUUGGGGAUUGCACCAGUCACUGUCAAGCAUAAUCUUUAA